CCCCCCUUGUUUGCAAUCGAGCCAUGGAUUGAUAAUGAGGGUUGUGUUGAUUAUUGUGAUGUUUAUUUUCAUCAAAAUGUAAAAAGUAAAACCACAUCAAAUUUGAAAAGGAAGAGGAAGGGAUGGCCCAUGACCUGCUGCCUUGUCAAACUCCGCGCCUGCCACCCAGCCAUCCAGGGGAUUCCUCAAGCAUGUGGACUGCAAUGCUCCUCUUAGAGGUGAUGAUAUAUGGCUCAUACUCAACGCUGGUGAACCUGAGUGAGGAGGAUGGACAUCUGCCAUAUAGCUCCGCCUCUGUCAUACUCCUCAUUGAGGUUGCCAAGUUUGUGAUCUCGUUCUGCCUGUACUUUGGUGAGAUGCAGCGUGACCAGUUCCAGAUGCCAAAGCUAGCCCCUGCGGCCCUUGUGUCGUAUGCUGUGCCAGCAGUCCUAUACGCCUUCAAUAACAACAUAUCCCUCCUCAUGAACCAACAGAUGGACCCAACCACAUACCAGGUUUUAAACAACAUGAAAAUAGCUACAACAGCACUUCUAUACAGAUUUAUCAUCAAAAGGCCCAUCAAGAGGCCCCAGUGGGUUGCCAUCUGUCUGCUGAUGGUGGCUGGAGUCUGUGACAGCUAUGGUGGAUAUGACUCCGGCUCGACUCCAGGAUCCUCCAGCCAUAUCUUCAUCACCCUCCCUGGUCUCCUUAUGAUGACUCUCUACUGUAGCGUGUCUGGGGUGGCAGCUGUAUACACCGAGUACAUCCUUAAGAAACAACUGACAAUGUCACUGCAUGUACAGAACAUGUUGCUGUACUCGUAUGGUUUCCUCCUGAACCUAGCAGCCUUUGUGUGGCAGAGAAGACAGACAGGUGGGGAAGUGAGGGGAGGGCUGCUGGCUGGGUUCUCAUUGACGACGUUGGUCAUCAUCAUUACACAGGCUUUCAAUGGACUGAUCAUGUCGGUGGUGAUGAAGCAUGGCAGUAACUUGACGCGUCUGUUCAUCAUCUCUGGAGCCAUGUUGGUUUCCACACUCUCCUCCGUCCUCUUCCUCGGAACAACCAUCAAUGCAUACUUCCUCCUGGCAGCAUUCAUUGUUAGUGGCGCAGUCUACCUCUAUCACCAGUGACCUCAUUAUAAAGGCAGUGUUUUGGUGGUACAAAUAAGGCCACAAUAAAUCCAGCUGCUUGUGUUUUCCAAUGUGCUAUUAGGAGUCAGCAUACAUUGAUGUAGACAUUGCAUGGUACAGUGAAAGAAAAUCUAAAAUGAAGAAUUGAAGAUUUACUUGGAUUAUACUUGUAAUGGAUGGCCAUGUGUGGGACAAAAAUUUGAGUCAACAACCUUAAGUAAAUGUAUGAUGGAUGACAACAUAAAUGUUGCCAUUUCUGCCCAAGUGACAGGGAUGCCAUGUAGUUUACACUAAUUUGAUAUGAACACAGUCUUUUAGAAUCUUUGUUUGUGAAAUGCAAGUAUAUAUUUUGCAUCAUUUUUAAGGCUUUUGCUGAGAUGUGCAUUUAAGUUUACAUGAUACCUUCUCUACAACUUUUUAAUCGUGAGUCUAUGGGAUGAUGUUUGUGCACUAGGUUUUAUGGCAGUUAAACCGUAAAUGGUUUGGAAACUAUUGUUUUAUCUGUGUUUUAUCUAUAAAGACAUCUGUCAUAUAUUUACAAGUGUAUCUGUCUGUGACAGUUUUCUUUUUAAAUGUAGCAAAUAUGUGUAAUAUGAAUAAAGUUACUCGCAUGUGUUCA